CUUAUAAACAAAGACUUAUUUGUCAAAUUCGGCUGGUAUUCACCGAAGUUUUGACCAAACAAUCAUAUUAUAUUUAUACGUUCUGUUUCACACAAUUUAACGAUUUUAAAACUUCAUUCAAUAGAUCGUUACCUUAACAUUCGUGAUGACAUCGGCUGAAGAAGUGGAUGCGGUGUUGAUGGCGAAACAAGCUCUUAUGUACGCACUGGGUGACAAAUGGCCGCUGUAUCUGGCCAACAUAAAACUCUGGUUUCGCACUAAAACCACUAAGGAACAGUUUGACCUGGAAAGUCGCAAGCUUUUCAGUUCUGACCAGAUGCAUUUGCAUAACAAAUUCCUGCUGGCGAUAUUGAAUAAGAUCGAUGCGGUUUCACCACCACAAAGCGUGAAUUACGCCGCUGAUUCCGGUCAUGGAAAGAGCAGUGGCAGUUCCAAAAAGCGGAAACGAUCGUCGAAAACUUCAUUAGACCGGGCUACGUUUGAACCAGCAACAGUACACGAUUAUAUUCCGAAAGAACUAAUUGAUUAUGAACAGGUCGCAAGUCAGAGUGCAACGGUGCCCACGAUACGAUAUGCGGCGCAAGAAUUAUUUCUACCGGAUAAUGGUUUGGUUCUUGGAAGGCUUCUUGUUGGAGCAUGGGAGAAUGGUUUGAUGAAUGUCGAGGAAAAUGCUGUCGAUUUGAUAGUGCAAGCCGUACAAGUUUUGCUCAAAAAUAUUCUAAUGGAAAUCAUCAUGAAGCGAAAACACUAUCGAACCACAGCUAAUGGAACGUUUGCCUACGACAUAGGACAUCAACUGCUUCAUCCGUUCAAUCGCAAUACCGUUACUAAAGCUAAGAUCGAUGAUGAACCCAUGGAAUUGGACAAAGAGAUAACCACUGUUUGCUAUCUCAAGCCACCCGCUGGAGAUUCAAUUUUUCUGGCAUCAUGUGGAGAACCGUACCCGAAUCAGACGAGGAAAAUCACGGUGUAUGAUCUGUAUAAGACACUGCUCAAUAGAAGUGUCAUUCCAUCUCAUUCGGUGUAUUCUAUGAACAUGGAGCGAAUAUCCAAUUUACUAUCCUAGUUUGUUUAUAAGUUUUGUUUAAUGGGAAUAUAUUUAUUUUUUUCUGAAA